AUGCUCCGAGACGAGAUCAUCCGGGUCAAGGAUGACGAAAACACACCGAUUGUCAUUGUGGGCAACAAGGCCGAUCUCGAGGACCAGCGCGGCGUCAGCCGGAGCAAAGCCUUUACACUCUCACAGCGAUGGAAUGCCCCUUACUACGAAGCGAGUGCGCGGACGCGGACAAACGUCGACGAGGUGUUUGUCGACCUUUGUCGUCAGAUGCUGCGGCGCGAAGACACAGACCCGGCGUUUGAGGUCGAGGACAAGAUGGCACAGCACCAGCCGUCGUCAAGUCGCCGGGUCCGGCGGCGUCGACGAGAGACGGGGCACCGGUGUGUGAUCCUCUGA